AUGCGGGCGCCGUGCCUGCUGGCGCGCCGCUCCACGCUGGCGGCCGGGCUGGCGCUGGCGGCCGCCGCAGCGCUGCUGCUCACGCUGUGGGCCGCCGCCAACGACGACGCCUUCCUGCGCUCCGUGCUGGCCGGCGCGGGCGCCGCCUUCUCCGACGUCACGGGCGUCGGCGCCUCCGCCGACGGCAUCGCGUGCUACGAGCACGGCGGCGCCGCCUCCGACGACGCCGCGCCCGGCUCCGUCUCCCCGACGGCGGACGAUCCGUGGGCACUGCCCGACGUGGGCGCGGAGCCGGCCGAGCACGCGGGAGCCGCCAUCUUCUUCCACGAGACGUCGUGCGCGUCGGCGACGGACGGCGAGGUGACGCUGACGCCGCGGCAGGCGUGCGCCGUGGAGUCGGCGGCGCGCGCCAACCCGCACCUGGCCGUCUACCUGCUGAUGGCGGCGGCGCCCGCGGCCGCCAACGCGUCGUGGUCGCGCGCGGCGCGCCAGCUGCGCCACUACGGCAACGUGCGGCUGCGCCGCGUCAGCCUGGAGCGCUACGUGCGCGGCACGCCGCUCGCCGGCUGGUACCGCGGCGGCGCGCUGCGGGCCUCGCGCUGGCCGCGCUCCCACGCCUCCGACGUGCUGCGCUUCCUCACGCUCUACAAGUUCGGCGGCACCUACCUCGACCUGGACGUCGUCGUCACCAGGUCGCUGGAGGGGAUGAGCAACUUCGCGGGCGCGGAGUCUGCGACGGACGUGGCAGCGGGGGUGCUGAACUUCUCGCCGGACGGCCGGGGCCACGCGCUGGCCGCCGCCUGCCUGGCCGACCUCAGCCAGCACUUCCGCGGCGACCAGUGGGGCCACAACGGGCCCGGCGUCAUCACGAGGGUGCUGAAGCGCGCCUGCAGCGCCAAGCAGGUGCGGGAGAUGACGCGGCAGGCGUGCGGCGGUUUCACGGUGCACCCGCCGUCCGCCUUCUACCCGAUUCCGUGGCGCGAGUGGCGCCUCUAUUUCGAGGAGCGGCACUCGAACCGCACGAUGGCGCGCCUGCGCAGGAGCUACGCCAUCCACGUGUGGAACAAGUUCAGCCAGGCGCGCAACGUGACCGUGGGCUCGCGGCAGCCCUACGGCCUGAUCGCGGAGCGCUUCUGCCCCAGGGUGUACGCCGCCAGCGGAAAAUUCUUCUAGCACCCGCCUCGCCAGCUGCCUUUCUUCUGCCGGCCCUCGCGGCUCGGAACGCUCUUUGGUGAUCCCUCCCCGAGGCACACGGUGGCCACUGUACAUAUCUCCGUCUCACCCGAGGACUUUCAUCACCCCCCCUUAUCUCGAGGACUCUGUUGACCGACGUCGACAGCCUUCCGACCACAGCAACACUCAUACGCAGCGCACUCCGUGAAACAUUCCUCGUUUGUUCUCGCCUGCACUACGGCUGGGCAGAUAUCCGCAGACUAUUCCCUCACUCUUUGACCAGUGCCCCGACCACUACUCAGGUUACCAUACGCAUAUCACUACACGUCACGGGUCUCUCAUACACGACCGCCUUAUUCCUCCACACUUUUCACUUCCCGAAAAAAAAUGUGGAAAGCAUUAUUUUUUCCAGCUGUGUUUGAAAUGUGCGUCUUUCUCAGAACUAAAUCACGUUGUGAAAGGUCUUUGGACUGAACUGAGUGACUGAGUGCGCGUGCGUCGACUGUGCGAGAAGCAGUAUUAGUUUCAGUGUGAUUCAUCUUCAUGGAUGGGACCUUAGGGACAAUCACCAGUAUUUCGUUAACAUACUGUUAAUAAAUGAUCCAUUCAGCUGUUUUAUUGUGGUAUUUUAAUUCACAUGCUCGAUUUCGAAAUCAUGCGAUUUCGCUACAAGCGAAAAAUGUGACAAUCGCGGAUAUAAACUUCCUACAGCACGCCAAAAUACAGUCUCUUCACAGUUAUCUGCAUCCAAAAAAUGUGAUUACAUAGUCAUAUCACUACAUUCACACGUAAUUCGGAUCCACAAAUACUCUUACCUGUGGUGCUCUUAAUUUCCCCUCUCACACGAGCUUAUUGUGCAUACAUUUACUUAAAAUUAAAAUAAAUAAUUAAUUUUGUCGUUACACGUGUAAGUGAUGACGCAUUUUAGUGAUUUUAUAUCCACUGUGUUCACGUUCAUCUUUAUAGCACGUCUGGUAAUGAAACUGUACAAGUGAGUCGCCGACCACCACAAAAUAGCUGAAUGGACCAUCCAAUAACAGUAUAUUAAAGACAGCACUGUACUAUACUCUGUAGAGGACAAUUUUAGCCGCGAAACCAUGUGUAAUGUAAUGUCUAAUUCACGCAAAUAUUACUGACUUGUUACUGUUGUAAUUUUUCACAUAAAUAUGUUAGCUUCCUUUCUAAA